AACAUGUUUUAAAUUAUUUUAUAUCAUACUAUAUAUACCCUAUAUUGUAAAAUUUUCGUAAUGCACGAGUCAUUGAAAUCGCCAAAAAUGAAAGUGACAUAAAUAUUUGCGAUUUAGCCUAUGCCUUCCUUUAUUAUAACUUUUAAUAAUGAAUUCAGGAUGGUGUUGGCAAGCAAAUGGCCUAGAAAAUGCAGCGCAGUGCCGUAUUCUGUAAAGAAAAUGUCACUGUGUGACUUCAGUUGGUGAGCUCACGCACUCACACAUAGUUUUGUAUUGCGCCAGCUAGCGAGGAGCAAGCAAGUACCUGUCAAAUUCCGACUUGUAUGAGAGUCGAGUGUAAAUUGUUCGAAAAUGAUUCUUGUCACAUAAUCUUAUUAAUUUAAAAGUGAUGUAUGCCUGGGCGAAUUCGUAUACAACUAAAUUAUCCUGGUGCUUAACAAAUAGCGUUUAUGCUCACUACCGACACCAUGGUGCAGUGUCAUCCGCCGUUGGAGCUGGAAGAAUUGCCAAAAGAAGACGAAGAAAGAUUAGAAAAAUUAUUUUCUAAAUUAGACAACGAUGGAAAUGGUAAAAUUGAUAUCCACGAUUUGUCUGUCGCCCUAAAGGAACUUGCACCACACAUCAAUCGAAGCUAUGCAGAGAAAUUUAUAGCCAAGUCAGGAUGGAAGGAAGCAGGCGAUGUUACACUCUCCGAGUUCAUACAUUAUGUGCGUGAACAUGAGAAGAAUCUUAGGCUGCAGUUCUCACAUCUCGAUAAAAAUAAAGAUGGAAAAGUUGAUCUGGAGGAACUUAUAUCGGCGUUUGCGGAUCUGGGUAUAGCAAUUGGAAGAAAUGAGGCAACAAAUCUCUUAAAGAGGAUGGACCAGGACGGCAGCCUGAACAUUAGCUAUGAUGAGUGGCGUGAUUACCUGUUGCUUGCGCCCGCGACCGAUAUUCAUGCUCUCAUACAUUUCUGGAGACAUUCCACGUAUUUGGACAUCGGUGAAGACAUGAAUGUUCCCGAUGACUUUACACAAAGCGAACUGCAGACCGGGAAGUGGUGGCGCCACCUGCUGGCCGGAGGCAUAGCCGGCGCUGUUAGCAGGACAUGCACGGCGCCUUUAGAUAGACUCAAAGUAUUCCUACAGGUGAAUCCGACCAGAGAAAAUAUGGCCAAAUGUUUAGCGAAAAUGAUAAGCGAAGGUGGUGUUACUGGUUUAUGGCGCGGUAAUGGUAUAAACGUGAUCAAGAUAGCUCCAGAAUCUGCGUUGAAGUUCGCCGCUUACGAGCAAGUGAAACGUUUAAUAAAGGGGGAGAAGAAGAACCACCCGCUAGCAAUACACGAGCGAUUCGUCGCUGGCGCAACAGCCGGUGCAAUCAGUCAAACUGUGAUCUACCCAUUAGAGGUGCUAAAGACAAGAUUAGCUUUAAGAAAAACUGGGCAGUAUAGCGGCAUAUUAGAUGCAGCGAAAAAAAUUUAUGCCAGAGAGGGUCUCAAGUGUUUCUACAAAGGUUACAUUCCAAAUAUAUUGGGUAUCGUACCGUAUGCUGGCAUCGACCUGGCUGUGUACGAGACUCUUAAGAAGAAGUAUAUAAGCAAGUACCAGGCACAUAACGGUCAGCCCGGCAUGCUGCUGCUCUUAGCCUGCGGCAGCGCCUCCUGCACCCUCGGACAAGUCUGUUCCUACCCCUUGGCUCUCGUACGGACCAGAUUGCAGGCACAAGAGAAAGCAGCAAAGGGAGCCGAGGGCACGAUGCGUGGCGUGUUUCGCGACAUCGUGCAGCGCGAGGGUUUAGUGGGACUGUACCGCGGGAUCACGCCCAACUUCAUCAAGGUGAUCCCCGCCGUGUCCAUAUCGUACGUGGUGUACGAGUACGCGAGCCGCUCGCUCGGCGUCAACAUGACGUGAUAUCAACGUAACACCGCGCCUCCGCCACCUCGUUACAUUCUAUUUUAAGCAUAUUAGCAAAAUUUUGCAUUUGAUUGUAAAUAGCUCUCCAGUAUGUUAAGUUUAUUAUUUAUUAUGACUUUAAACGUGAAAGGUCAGCUCGAGACGCUACCACUGGAUGGACUAUGUAAUGUCAAUUCGCGUAAUGUUUGCAUUUGUUGGAUGUUUAUAACUGUGGUCUCGUCUGUACACGACGGUUCCACGUCCGCCCCUACGUCUGUGAUUGCUGAGGUGUGAAUUUUUUUUUUAAUUUAUUGUGUUUUGAUUUGCUUUUCUAAUUUCGUUGACCGUGACAACGCUAAAAUACUAGGUCGAUAUGUAAUGGUUGUACGCAGUUUUACAAGAUUAAAAAGGAAAAUAGAUUUUAGUAAUUCACCAUAAUAAUGUUAUGAUGUUUCAAGACAAUAUCGUAUUUACAUUAUUUCUACUGUUCUAUACACAAUUAUAGAAUUGUUAGAAGUUUAUGUGCAAAUGUUUAAAAAUAUAAUCAUGUUAUUGAGUAAUCGACUCAAGUAACAAAAUUUAAAGACAUUUUUAGGAGAAGGUACACAGAGAUCUGUGAUUUGUAGUAUUAGAGCAUUACGAGAACAGAGAUUAUUUAACAAAUGCUAUGAGCGAAUUUAGUACAGACAAUGAAAUAACUAUUUGUAUACACCCAUACCUAAACUGCCAUUGAAAGGAAAUUAAAUAUUUGUAUUUUUUUACAUAAUAGACACUUUAAUAUAGUGUUAAUUUUAGUUAAAAAUAAUCGUUGCAUAUUGUUCUUUUGCACUUAUAUAUUAAUAUAAUAAAGUCUUCUCUUAAAUCUUGUCUUCGGAUCUUUUAUGAAUGAAUUUUCAGUCUUCAUUAAGAUGAAAACUGUCUUCGUCACGUCGGUCACCAAUAAUCUCAAUAGUUAAUAGUUUUGACUUUUGACAUAGUCUAUUGUACUGUACCUAAUUCGUUUUACCAGAUAUCUUUUUAAUCAAUUCUUAAUGAAAUAAAUUAUCUUUUAUUGCAUAAAACGAACUAAUGUGUUAGGCUACAAAGCGUUUUUCCUUCCCUCAUUUGUUUUCCUGACGAAACCUACAUUACGUGAAAGAGCACAUUUUUUUAAACAUGUAACCGGGUUGCCUAAUCCUAGCCUGGCAAGGCUAUGUUUAAUUGAUCUCUGAAGUCGGCAAUUUUUUCAGCAAAAACUCCUCAUCGAGUAUCCUGAAAAUUUUGUCACCAAUCGAUAGUACGUAAUGUAAACAUGACUCUAAGGUGGGGUUGCCUAUCUUUUUACUGCAUUGCCUAAUCAUAGGCUAACCAGGCUAGGAUUAGGCAACCCAGUUACAACAUGUUUAAAAAAAAAUUGCUAUUUCACCUAAUGUAGGUUUUAUCAGGUAAUCUCAUUAGGGAAGGUCAUCACUAGUGUUGUAUCUCUAACUAUGUUAUAUGUCAUUGUCCCCGCAAUUAUAAUUUGUCAUCACAUUUCUGUGCAAUUAUCUUAAUAAUUUACAAUUU